GCCAGGUGUGUCUGACGACCCUUCUCACACUCAUCGACUGGGGACGACGUCAGAUCGUCGACGGCGGCUCCUUCCUUUCCACAAGCACCGAAUUUUCAGUCGCCCGACACGAUAGUGGAACGCCAGUCUGCCCCAGGCGCAGAUAUAAGUUACACUCGGCCCUGGGCGACUCGAGAGGCCGCUAUCGUUCGAUAGGCUGAGAGUUGUCACGACACACGCUCUCGUUCGCGCGAGCUCAUCAAGUACUCGCCAAUUCGAUUCUACCACUCCUGAGGGGCGGCACCAACGACCAUGGGACAGGCAUCAGGCAAGGAGAAGGGCGAUUCUAGCACCCAGACAGUCGACGGCGGCCACCUCGUGCCCCAAGGUGUCUAUUCUGCCGUUCAAGAUUACAAUCACGACGUCGUCCAAGGUAUCAUCAAAGCCCGGAAGCUGGCACCAUUCUACCAAGGUCUCGACGACGAAGACGCCUACUCAGAAGCUCCUUUCAAUACCGAAUGUCCCAUUUGCUUCCUGCACUACCCCUCGCCUUUGAAUCAGACUCGAUGCUGUGGCCAGCCAAUCUGUACGGAAUGCUUUGUGCAGAUCAAACGAGCUGAUCCGAACCAUACCAAUCCACCCUCGUCCGAGCCCGCGGCAUGCCCAUACUGCAUGGAGACGAGUUUCGGCGUUAUCUACAAGGCUCCCCCGCCUGGGCUUCUCACAGGCGAUAUAAGACGAGAGGCAGGAACGGCAGAGGGCGCAAGUGCGGCGCGGGCUCAGGCAGAAGGGAGUGCAGAGGGAAGUGCAGCGGUUUACGGCAAGCGGCGAAAGAGUUUUGGAGCGACUGAUCCAGAGGUGGUGACCAUCGAUCUUAUUCGUCCGGACUGGGAGGCGAAGCUGCAGGCAGCCCACGCAGCCAUCAAUAGGCGAGCCAAUCGCAGGAUCAUUAUGCGACAGGUUGGGGAUCGGCUGAUCCCGGUCGGCGUCAGUUCGUCAAGGCUGGGUGCUGAGCUGCCGCCGGGAUCAACGACGGGUCCGGGAGGCGCCAUCAUCAUUCAAGAUGGUGCGCGAUGGGGUGGCUUAGGAAGAAGUGGAACCGGCGAGGGUCGAUCGACGACGCGUUCGAGGCGGGAGCUGGCUCAGCUGCUUCAGCUGGGUGGUGGAGCCGAGGUGGAAGAGAUGAUGAUGAUGGAGGCCAUGAGGCUGAGCUUGCUCGAACAUGAGGAGCAACAGCGACGGCAGGCUCAGGCGCAGUCGAGAGAAGAAUCCUCGUCCUCGGCGAGUCCCGCAGCUGGUGGUGGUGACGUCGGAAAUGCACCUGCAGACGAAGAGGCCCAGUAUGCCAUUGCUCCACCCACAUCUUCUGCAGCACCUGCUACCGUCUCGGCACCUGCAGCCACAUCUACCUUUACCGACUCGCAACUCCCUUCCUCCAUGCACCCCACCCGAACAUCGAGCUUGGCUGCGGGCCCUCCGUUGAGUGCACCGAUCGAUUUAGGCCUCUCUUCGUCAAUGAUGGCGGAGCUGUCCGAGCUCAUCGAUGGGGCUCCUUCAAGGCCUCCGGAGCCCUCUGAGCCCUCACCUUCUUCUCCUCCCUCUGCUCAGGGUCUCGAGGCAAGGCAACAACCGCCCUCAUCAUCUUCGAUGGCCGGAGAGCCAGCCUUGCCGGCAUCUGGCACCAACACGCCGAUCCUAUCUUCAUCGCCGACGCAUACACGCCAAUCAUCGUCGCUGGGCCAGGGUAUAUAUGGUUCGAGCCCCUCAGCGCCUUCGACACCAUCCAGAGUCGGCACUAAUCCAAAUAAUCCCUUCCGAAGGAUGGCAGGAGGCAGCAGCAACCCAGCCACGCCUCCCAAUCACAGCAGACAAGGCUCUAACUUUUGAUUCGGCACAUACUGUUCCCCACACUCUUAUUCCCUUUACAAUCAUUCCACGUACACAUUCAUUCACAAUUUUUGCCAUGCAUUUGCCUAGAUUCUCGAUUUCCCCCACAAUCUCAUCGUCACUCAUUGACCGAGCCUGCUUUUGUCUAUCUUACGUUCUUGGUAGUAAAGAGAAUGAUCACCCGCCCCACCCUGAUCUCCUUUUCACUUACA